UUUAGAAGUCAUUUGUGGAAACUUGAAAUAACGACUCUUUACGGACUGAUUGAGAAGUUGAGUUUUUCAACGACCCCCUGUUUGUCCGCCUUUCUGAAAACCCUUGUCAAUUCAAAUUGCAGAAUGCGAACCGGUUAAUACUCACGUAGAGUAUUGAUCCUUGUAAAUUUUAUGGUUAUUUCAUUGCAUUUACAUCUGUUUGCGCAGCUACUUUAAGACUUUAAGUUACACUUUUCAACAUUCGUUCAUUUAUACAUAACCUAUGAAUUUUGCAAUUUGUUUUUCACUCUAGUUUUCCGUUUACCAAUCUGUUCCUCACGUUAUAUUCUUAUUGAAGUCAAUUUACACCUAUUGGGUUAUCCCGCAAAUAUUGUUUGUCAUUCAACAGCUUUUUCCACACUUUCAAUAGCAUUGCAUCAACCAUUCCCUCACUGUUAUCUUUUCCUUUACUCAAUGAAUGAUCUUAUUUCACUUCUUUUCCUUGUGCCCUUUUUUACCUGUCUCUCAUUUUUUUAUGUAUUCUUUCAUAUAUAUCAUCUUUUCCGUUUACACAUGUUCUUUUUGAUUUCUUAUUCUUUCAUUCUUUCCUCGCCAUAAAUGCAGAUGAAAAGCACUCCCUUGCUCUUAGUACUGCUUUGUGUAUAUUCUCCAUUUUUGAUUGCAUUCUCCAUCUCAAUCAGAGCCCCAAGCCAAGACACUCACCAUGUGUUUUUGUUGUCACUGGUCAGAUAAGAAUGCGGAUGGAACUAGCCUGUAUCAGCAAGAGCAUCAGCUUCAUGUGAUCAGGGCAGCUGUGCAAUGUGGUGGAAUCAACAGAUUUAUAAUUUGAAAGCAAUUGGCCAUAUAGUCAAUGUAAAUUUUAUGGAAUUAGAGUGCAAAUUAUUAACAACACAGACUGUUAAAAGUUCAAAAUGUUAAUUCACCAUGUUGUAAAGUGUUAAUCAAUACAAUUUUAAAUACAUUUUUUUGUUUAUUUGAGAUGAUCUUAUGAGAAACAAUGAUGCUAUUUGAUCAAACAUAGGCCUAACGGGUUAGAUGGCAGUGAUGCUGUCGACACUAGAAGAAGAGUCCGAUAUGUAUGAGGUGUUCCCAGCUCAUGUGGACACAAGUAGUAUUCCAAUUGUUCCUGAUAGUCCAGCCAAAAAGAAUGCCAAGCCUCUGAAGACAUGGAGUGAAAUAAACUCCUUAAUCCAAGCUGGGAGAAAGAGGGAGGUUAAACUUAUACUUCGUGAGCAAGGCUGGCCUACAAAUCAUACCAUCAGAGCUCAGCUAUGGCCAGCUCUGUGCAAACAGCAUUCAAGCAGUCGUCCAAUGCAAGAUGGCUUCUACUGGGAACUGGUUAAUCAACUCUUUGGCACUACAGAUAUAUCCGAUAAACCUAUGUUGCUUCCAGCAUUUGUGGAAAACACACAUUGUCUGCCAUAUCAUUUGACACGUCGAGGACGUAGUUUGGCAGAUCGCGUAGUUUGUGUUCUUGGUUUUUCUUGUCCUGACAUAACCUACUCCCCAGCCUUGUAUCCUAUUGCUGCCUUGUUGCUGCACUUUAUGCCAGAGGAAGAAUGCUACAACAGCCUAGCAAGUCUUAUUUCAUCAAAAGACAAAACUUUUAUAACACAAACAAAACUUCUUUAUGAAGCUACAUGGCGUACAGUCAUGCUUAUAACUAAAAAGCAUAUGAAAUCUGCUGCUGCUCAUCUUGCCCGACACUGCUCCGAUGCUCGUUCGGAAAGGAUAUAUGCUGAUUGGCUUUGGUGGAUACUCCAGGGGUUACCACUUACUCAUUUAGUACGUGUUAUGGACUGCUUCUUUCAUGAAGGCAUCAAAGUUCUGUACCGUGUAGCUAUGGCAAUUCUUUUCCUAUUCUACAAGUAUUCCACUUCACAAAGUUCAGAAUGGAGUGCAGAACUUGCUGCCCAAGGUGUUGAUAAUGCCUUAACAAAAUUCUGCAGACAGAUGCCUGUGAGCCCUACCAAAGUUUUGCGAACUGCUUUCAAUGUCCGAGGGUUAAGUUCAUCAUACAUUCAAAGAGUAUUUGUUAAAACGGAAAUGCUGUUGAAAAGCAAGCCAGUUUUAUCCAACUCUCAGCAGAUUAGUCGCUCUAGGUCAUCUGAAAAUCUACCUACUUCACAGUCUCAAAAUAAUAUUCAACUUGUCUCACAUACAUUGACAAUACGAGAGGGUUCUCGCUCUCCUGAACCACGCACUCACGCUAUGGGAGUGUACCCUAUCUACAAGAUCCGUUCUGCUAUUGUUUCUCAAGAGGAAUUGUUCACACUAUGGUCAUGGCUACCUGUCAGAAUCACCAUGUAUCAACCCAUCCUACUGUAUACAACUGAAGAACAUGGGUGUAGUUUGACCACAUUCUAUGUACGCGUUGAACAACAUGAACCAACUUUACUAAUGAUAAAAACAAGCAACAAUGAGGUCUUUGGUGCUUACUGUUCUACUCGGUGGUAUGAAAGAAAUGUUAAAGAUGACAGAGGCAAUCGCCAGGCUUACUUUGGCACUGGUGAAACAUUCCUAUUUAGUCUUUACCCUGAACGUGCCAAGUACCCAUGGGUUGGAAUGGAACAGAGUCCUGGAGAAAAACAGUUAGACCAUUCUGCAGAGUUGUUUUUGGCUGCUGAUCAUAAAAUGAUAACCAUUGGAGGAGGUGAAGGGCAAGCUAUUUGGAUGGAUGAAAACAUCCGAUAUGGUAAAACAGAUCGCUGUCUUACCUUUAACAACCCACCACUGUGUCCAAGUGGUGACUUUGAAAUCCGUGUUCUUGAAGUUUAUGGAUUUGCAGGGGCUUGAACUAUGGUACAAGGCCUUACACGAAGAAGAGAAAAAAAUCAUGACUGACCCAAGCCAUCACUGUUAUCAUUGCUAUUUUCAAUUAUGUUUCAAAUGUUUGUUUAUUUUUUUGAUGUUUUCCUCUUCUUUAGUUAUCUGAUUUCAAUAUUGACUAAUAUUGAGCCUAAUACAUACAUACCUUGCACCUUUUUGGCAGAAAUAUGUGCCAUAUCCUUUAUGUACAACUCUAUACCAAGAGACUUCAUAACAAUAUAGGGAUUCCCCCUAAGGACAUGAAACAGAAGUAAAUGCAUUUCUUCAAUCAAAUAAGUUCUUUUAAAAUUUCAAUUUAUUUUGAAAUUUUAACUUGUUAAGAAAAAAUGACACUUUCUUGAUUCAUUUUAAAAUUUCUAUUAUCUACAUUUUUCACUUACUUUCUCAAGAUUUACAGUCAUGAUUUGGUAGUGUAAUAGCAAUCUAUUUUUCAUUUGUAGCACAUAAUUAUUGUUCUCAUGGCAAUACAUUUUAUCUGUGUUCAACUUGAGUGGGUGGAAAGACAGGUGUACCUCCAAGUAGUCUUUGUUUAAUCAGAUCUUGUGAGUAUGAUGUGAUUGUAAAAUGUCUGUUGAAUUCAUACCACAAGGUUUUACUGCAAAGUCUAUAUUUAUGUUUGGUAAAAGUAAGUUCACAAAGAACUUUAUGUCAGAUAGAGUUUUAAGAGUUUAUAUCUGUUAGGUAUGAUGCUUUGCCUGUGUUUUUGCUCGAAGCUUUGUAUAUAUGUUUGCAACCUCCCUCUACUUUCACUUUAAUGUCACUUCAAAACUUUUUUUAAAUUUUUUUAUGUCCUCCAUCCCUUAUUUGUUAUUUUUUAUCAUUUCUCAUUCCGACAGUUUUCAAGCUUGCAAGCUUAUCAUUGUGGGCUGAGUUAACUAUGUGUCAAAAUACAAUUCUCUUCACCAACCAGGCAUGUGUGAUAUUUAAAUGGUUAAUUCUCACCAUGACCAAACAACAUGUGUUCAUUGAGACUUGCAGGCUCUCACUGUCUUUCCAUUGUUUUGUCAAUUUUUGUUUUUGUUUUUUUAAUGGAAAGAAAGUUUCAUUAUAUUCUAGCUUAUACAAUGUGCAUGAUCAUAAGUGACAUGACAAUUCAAUAUGAUUUUUAUUGCUGAUCAACUGUGUAUCAAAGAAAUUGUGAUUCCCUUUUUGAGUCUAUGUUAACAAAAAGAUUCGUACUAAUGCAUGUGUUCUGUAGCUUUGCCUUCCUAUGUCCUUCCAACUCCUACUAAUUAAUUUGAAUAUACUGUUUGUGACAUGCUCUCACCAUUUGUAGUGUAUGUAUAGCGGCAAGGCCUAACUGUAAUUGUGUGAAAAUUCCUGUGCUUUGUGCCGAGUGUUUGUCGUAUUUUACUUUAAAACAAUGUCAACCAUGAAAGCAGUUUCCUGACGUAGAGCAUACUUAUUAAAAUUAUUACUACAAUCAGAUUUUCUUCGAAUUCAGCAUUGGAAAUUCUGUAUUCUUUGUGAUUUGUUCAGAGCUUUUUAAAAGGUAUUUACAAGUUUUGUAUUCCCAGUGAGCUACACAAUUACUCAAAUUGAGCUCCUUGUUUUAGGUGUUCUCUGAACCAUAGAAAUGAUUACCAGGACGCAGAUCUUUCAUUUAUUUUCCCAUUGGCUUAUUGUUAUGACCUGUAAUCUUCUAGUGUUGUGUGUAAACAACUGUGAUUGAGAUAUAUGUUCUCUGCAAAACCCAAAUGUUUUGCCACUCCCAAAAAUGAAUUAUUCUAGAUUUCGUAUGGGAAAGCUUGCUAGUGCUGUUCCUUUCAGUGUGACAUAUAUACAAAUAUAUAUUGUGUUAGAAGAGUUAUUUGUUAGCUUAUAAUUGACCAAAGCCAUAACUGAACUGUUGUAUUGUUUUAGUGUAGCUUUGUUUAAGUAUUUGAAAUGCCAUUUUGAUGGAUGUCUUUUUAGUGUGGUUUGGCUAUACCCUACAAGAGAGGUAACUCUGUAGGAUGUGAAUGUAGAUGCUAAACAGAGAACUAGAUACAAUUUGUUUGCAGCCUUUGCAUUUGAUUGUUGUUCUCAACUAGAUGUGCAGUCCUUUUAAAGGAAAAUUUGACAUGAUAAAUGCAAGAGUAAUUAAAAGGAAAACAUGUGUUUUACCUUGAGGAUGAGUCUUAGACCAAAGGCUUGCGCCUUUGUUUGCUGUUCUCCAAUUACAAAGUUGGUCAGUUAUUGCAAAGGUAAGAAAUUUGAUUAAAACUGUAAACUUUGUCUAGAAAAAAAAUGUAUCAGAGCUGCCUUUUAUUAUAAACAGCUCUGCUCUCAUUUCCGGGGCACCCUCUGUAAUCAGUUCUAUCAUUUCAGUUGCUAAAACUUAUUCUGUUGACACAGAAAAUUAUUGGCUUAAAGAUAAAAUCGUCUCCAAUUGAAUUUGAUGUGCUAAUAUUCUUCAAAUUUGUCAUUUUAAGUUCGGCAAAUGCAUUUAUCAAAUCAUAAUUUAAUUAAGUUUCUUUGUGCAUUCGGAGCUUCGGGUACGGAGUGCACUAUGCUCCUAUGUUCUAGUCCUUGCGGUUUGGUUACCGUUUUGUUGGUACCAUUUAACUUUGAUUGAAGUCUAUUAGGCACUAAUUUGAAAUGAACGUUAUGUUUAUAUGUAUGUAUCUCUUUUACUAUUCAGAAAGAGAAUAGUCUAUCUGCUUGACAUUGAAAAUGACUUGCAGGUGCACAGCUGCUGGACGUUGUUAAGUUACAAACAAAGUGAUAAUUAUUAUAAACAGGUUAUCAGUAGCCAGAAAUGUCACAUAGCACUACAUUGGCAUAAAGUGAAAUUUAAAAUGAACGCAUAUUCCACAAAAGAUGUUAUGCUGUUCAAGUGCAGUAUUAUUUAAGUCUAGAAUGUGAUUAUUUCACCUAAACCAAACUUCUUGUAUAUUUUACUGCUUGAUGCUUUAAUAGAAAAUUAUUAUUUUGACAUUAAAUUUGUGUUUCCAUUCGUACUUGGCUUUAUGAUGAAGUCUUUUAAAGUACUAUGUAGGUACAACAGUUUUUUAUCUGGCUUUGAUGUGUACAGUUUGAUGGUAGUGUAAACCCUGAGGUAAAAUGUUAAAAAAGAUCUUUUCCAAAGGAAGUUAUGUGCAGUCUCACUUAGUCAAUUUUGUAAUAGAGAGAAGCCCAGUUACAGUGUACCGGCGUGAGGUGUUUUAAGCUUUUUAAAAGCAGAACGAUGCUAUAAAUGGGUUGAUUUGUUUGGAAAAUUGGAAUUUGGAGUGUGAGAAAUGCGACGUUAAAAACGGGAAACAAUAUAUCUGGGAAACGCUGAUACCGUGUUUCAUUGUAUCUAGUAACAUCAAACUUUGCUUUGUAUUCAAUCUGCAGUCUUGUGUUAAAGACUUUACUCCUCUUAAUGUGGUUUUGUAAUACUAGUGAAAGUGACUUGUGUGUUCUUAAACACUUAAAUGUUAUCUCGCUGCCAAUGCUUGCUGCUUGUGACAUUUCUGGGUUGAACUUUUGUUACAAUUACUUCAUGUUAUGUUUUAUCUUUUAAGUUUUUGAGACUGUUUGAAUAAUUUCUAAUGUGCUAUUAGAUUGUAUGGAUUGAACAUGAAAGUAACUAUAACAUGUUGCCAUCCGUGCAAUUAUUUUUAUGUUUUAUUAUUGCUGAAUGUAGCUGUACAGUUUUAAAUGUUGUCAUUGUUGCAUGAAAUUCAGUUUUCAUUUCCUUGCCUCAUUCAUUCAACCUUGUAAACAAAAGACAAGUGUUCACGUUGUGUCAUAAAGCGACUGAAAUUA